UGAAUACACCAUUCCUUUAAUAAUAUUAUAAUCAAAAUAUUGAUGAAUUUCAAUGAUAAAUAGAUCAGAAAUAUCUUAUAUCAUGAAUAAUUCUGGAUUAAUUUUAUCAAUACAAGAACAAAAAUGAAAUACAUUUUCAUUUUAGUAUCCGUAAUGCUUCUGCUUUCGCUAUGUGGUUUGGUUAUAAACAAAGAACAGUGAAAACAUGCUACAAUUAGAGAAUAAUGAUAAUUCCCAUUUUAUACAAAUGAAUGAUCAGCGUUCAACUACUGAUAAAUUAGCCCAAAACUGUUCACAUAUCAUUCAAAUGAAAGAAUCAUCUAAAAUAAUAAAGAGAAUCAGUAUCUUAGAAAUUAUAUGUGAUACAUUUUCCAUACGAGGUGUUGCACGAAUGAGACGAGGACCACCAUUUCUACGAGGUUUAUGGUUUUGUUUUGUAUUAAUUAUGACUGUUGGUUUACUACUGACAACUUAUCUUCUAGUACAAGAUUAUUUAGUUUAUGAUGUUUCAGUAAAUAUACAUGUUGAUUUAGAUGCUAAAUCACCAUUUCCAGCAUUAACUAUUUGUCAUCAUCAUCCAUUUUCACAGAAUGCAUAUCAUUUAUGGCGUCAUGGUGAUGUUAUGUCACCAAGUGUAUUUAAUAAACAUAUGCGUAAUUUAACUCAUAAAUUUCUAAUGGAAAAUGAUGUUGAUGCAGCGGAAACUCUUUAUCAAUAUGAUAGUUUGUCAAUCUAUUAUCAAAAUAUAAAAACAAUUGAUGCUUAUCGUUUAGGACAUGAUACAACAGCAUUUUUAAAUUGUAUGCGACGUGUUAAUCAAACUAUGCAAAUUGAAGAUAAUUGUAUGCAUAUGGAUGGUUUUCAAAUACGUAAAUUUAGUCAUCAUAUAUAUUUUAAUUGUCAUACAUUUGAACCUAAAACAAAAAUUGAAGCAUAUGAUACUGAUACUAUUGCAUUGAUUGUUAGUUUAGGUACAGAUCCAAAUUAUAAUAAUCAAGAGCAAGCAUUUCUUGUGGAUUUAUUUGAAAUGGCACGAGGAUUACGUGUCGUUGUACAUGAACCUGGUACAUAUCCAGAUUUAGAACGUGAAGGAUUACAUGUUGAACCAGGAAAGUUAAAUGAAAUCAAUUAUCAACCAGUUUUAUGGAAACGACUUAAUACACCACAAAAUCCAUGCCGUGAAGAGUAUAUUGAUCGUAAUCCAGAAUUGGCUAGUAUUACUGAUCAUAAAUUACCUCGAUUAACUGGAUUAGAUUUUGCAUACGCUUAUAAUGAUUUAAAUGUAUCUUAUAGAUACACUCAAUCUCAGUGUAUAUUAUUUCAUCAACAAGAAGAUAUUAUCAAAGAAUGUGGAUGUCAGUAUAUAUAUAAUCCAAGACCACAAUACCCUUCAAAUAAUCUUCCAUAUUGUGGUUCAAUAUUAGGAGGUGAUUUUGAUAUAUUAGCAUUAGCUAAACGUAUUCAAUGUCUUACAAGUGGUCCUUUAAAUGUAACAGUUAGAAGUCAGUAUGAAUCAACUCUGUGUCAUCCAAGAUGUCGAUAUUAUACAUAUGAAAGUACUAUAUCAGUUACAACAUGGAGAGCUGUUGACUGGCAAUUACAUUGGCUUAGACAAUUAAAUAGAGCAUUUAAAUCAAUGCAAUAUGAUGUGAAAAUAAAUGGAGAAGAUUGGAAUAUAACUCAAAGUAACGGUUUUCAUCGAUGGAAGGAAUAUUACGAAAAAGACAAUCUAACUAAUAUUUCUGCGAAUGCAAUCAAUGAUUUAAAUCUUCAAGGUGAUAAUUUUGCUUAUGUUGUUCUGAAACGUCGUGCUGGUGAUGUACGUGUUAGUCAAGAGAAAUUAGUAUUAAGUAUUAGUGUACUACUUAGUCGUAUUGGUGGUUUAUGUUCAUUAAGUAUUGGAUUAACUGCAGCAUUUAUUGUUGAACUUAUUGAAUUUACCUAUCGUUUAGUAACUACGGAAAGAUCAAAUAUUAGACAUAACAAAAGUAAAGAUCAUAAAAUUGAUAGUAACAAUAUUUCAGGGGGGGAGCAACAUAAAAACAAACAAAAUCAAACUACAACUUGCAUGGAAAUAACUUGAAAACAAAAGUGAGAGAGAGUUAACAUUCUAAUCCUUUUGUUUCUCUAUUGUACUUCAGCUUAAUGUAUAUUGAUUGAUGUUGAUACGAAUACAACCACGUAUACUCUUAGAGAACAGAUAGUUAGUUUUUAAUUUCAAAUGGUGACCUAUUCACAUCGAAUGAUCCAAUUUCUGCUUUACAUUUCUCUAUUUAUUAUUAUUCCAUGUAAUUUAUUUGUAAUUAAAUUUGUCACAAUUACUUUUUUAUGUAAAACUAAUUGAAAAGGAUCAUUACUUUAACAUGAUCAUCAUUACAGAAUCAUAUAUAAUAAGGUUAUAUGUUUUUUGAAGUAUUUCCUCUUUUAAAUGGAUUACUUGAGAUAAUAAUUCUGUGGGUUGAGAUCAUGAGUCAAUUGAAGCUAGACCACCGUAGAAAACUUGGAAGAACUGGAUGGCUGUUUCGUCCUAUUUUGGGACUCCUCAGCAGUGUACAUCCAAGACUCCGCCUCGCGAGAUUCGAACCCAUGACCUGCGCACGAGCGCUUAACCACUAGACCACUGCUGAGCAGUCUCAAAAUAGAACGAAACGGCAGUCCAGUGCUUGCAGGUUUUCCAUAGUUGCCUAGCUUCAAUUGACUCAUCAUCUUAACUAUCGAAACUACUAGAACCUCCGCAGAACCCCUUCUGAUACUAUUCAGAAAUUAAUUAGACAAGUGAACAGGGAUGAAAGUUUUUACAAACUGACAAAUUCGGCACUUUCCUGUCAAGUUUGUUACACUAAUUUGCAUUUCAAUUUAUGGUAUUAAAGUGCUCAAUUCAUUGAUCCAAGAUAUCUUUGGCAUUACUUAACGCACGAAACUACAGAACAUCUUACUAAAAUCUCAGAACAAUACAAUUAAUAGUUAAUUUGCAAAAUAUCAAUCGUCUCAAACUUGACUGUUUCUUUUACAAAUAUCAAUCCAUCGUCUCAGAUUUCAUGGUUCCUGCAUUUUCGUACCAAUCUCGUUCCGUUCCCGUUAUUUCCUUCUCGAUCUUCUACUGAAAUAUAUUGUAUUCCUGAAUCGCUAUAUACUACUUAUGUGUAUAUAAGUACGCACAUCACAAUAUGUGACCACACUUUGAAUGACUAGGAAGUGAAUGUGUUAAUUAAUAUUCUCACUGGAAACCAGGAACUUUGAAUGGUCGUGAGUCAAUUGAAGCUAGACCACCAUGGAAAAAUUGGAAGCGUCCUAUUGUGGGACUCCUCAGCAGUGCGCACUCACGAUCCCACCUCGCGAAAUUUUAACGCAGGACCUAUCACACUCACGCAUGAGUGCUCAAUUACUAGACAACUGAUUUGGCCGGCAUCCAACGGUGUUAAUUUCUAACUUCAACUAAUCCACGAAAUUGAGCGACACAUCCACCAUUGUCAUCAUUCAGUUACUAUCUCACAACAGACCCGGUUGAACUCCAAUGGUCACUGCUUCUCACUAGAAUUCAAGGAUAUCCCUCUUGAAGCCAGUCACUAGUGAGCAUAUGUUGGUUAAUAUCAUAAGGGGUUUUUGUGGAUAUUAUAGUAAUUUCAUUGGUUGAGAUUAUGAGUUAAUUGAAGCUAGGCAGUCAGAUUAAGUAUCACUUUCAUCACGAUCUACAACACAUUUUACAGAAAUAUUGUGAUAUAUUUUUGUGGUGCAUGCGACUUAUGCUGACAGAUAUGAAUAGUACGUAGCAGCAGUCGGAUGUGGAAUGCCUGUCAAAAGACUGAAAAGAUUCAUUUGAAGAGAACAGGAAUAAAAC